AUGGGGACUCUACGCGAUCUCCAAUACGCACUACAAGAGAAGAUUGAGGAGUUGCGACAACGAGACGCGCUAAUUGACGAACUGGAGCUGGAAUUAGAUCAAAAGGACGAAUUGAUACAAAAGCUUCAAAAUGAACUGGAUAAAUACCGAUCCGUUAUCAAACCGGCGACGCAACAAGUCCACAAGGCAAGCGUACUACAGGAGCAGCACAGGACCAAGAGACAGGCGAUAUCAGGAGAGCCCACUGCCUUUGACAUUCAUGAACUCAGUCACGUCACUCUUCCAUUCUACCCCAAGAGCCCACAGUCCAAGGACUUAAUCAAGGAGGCCAUUCUUGACAACGACUUCAUGAAGAACCUCGAGCUUUCUCAGAUCCAGGAGAUCGUUGACUCCAUGUACCCAGUAGAAUAUGGCAAAGACAGCUGCAUUAUCAAAGAAGGAGAUGUGGGCUCCUUGGUGUACGUGAUGGAAGAUGGGAAGGUGGAGGUGACAAAGGAGAGCAUGAAGCUGUGCACCAUGGGUCCUGGGAAGGUGUUUGGGGAGCUGGCCAUCCUCUACAACUGCACCAGGACCGCCACCGUCAAGACCCUCACUAAUGUGAAGCUAUGGGCCAUCGACCGCCAGUGUUUCCAGACCAUUAUGAUGAGGACGGGCCUCAUCAAACAUGCCGAAUACAUGGAGUUUCUAAAGAGUGUUCCAACAUUCCAAGGCCUUUCAGAAGAAAUACUCAGCAAGCUAGCCGACGUUAUGGAAGAGACGCACUACGGGGACGGGGAGUACAUCGUCAGACAAGGAGCCAGAGGGGACACCUUCUUCAUCAUCAGCAAGGGAAAGGUUAAUGUCACCAGGGAGGAUUUGCCCAAUGACAUGCCUGUGUACCUGCGAGCCCUGGGCAAAGGAGACUGGUUUGGGGAGAAAGCCCUGCAGGGAGAGGACAUCAGGACGGCUAAUGUCAUUGCUGCUGAUGCCGUCACCUGCCUGGUCAUUGACAGAGACUCAUUUAAACACUUGAUUGGGGGCCUGGAAGAUGUUUCAAACAAAGGCUAUGAGGAUGCAGGGGCCAAAGCCAAAUACGAAGCGGAAAAUGCCUUCUUCUGCAACCUGAAGCUGGUGGACUUCAACAUCAUUGACACGUUGGGGGUCGGAGGCUUCGGACGUGUGGAGCUGGUAGGAUGUUUAAAUAAAGUGCAGCUGAAAAGCGAUGAGAUCAAAACUUUUGCGAUGAAGAUCCUGAAGAAGAGGCACAUCGUGGACACUCGGCAACAGGAGCACAUCCGCUCCGAGAAGCAGAUCAUGCAGGAGGCCCACUCAGACUUCAUCGUCAGGCUAUAUAGGACAUUCAAAGAUGCCAAGUAUCUUUACAUGUUGAUGGAGGCUUGCCUUGGGGGAGAGCUCUGGACCAUACUUAGGGACAGAGGUUCAUUUGAAGACUCCACCACACGGUUCUACACAGCCUGCGUGGUGGAGGCCUUCGCUUACCUGCAUUCCAAAGGGAUCAUCUACCGAGAUCUCAAACCCGAGAACCUCAUCCUGGAUCACAGAGGCUAUGCCAAGCUGGUGGACUUUGGCUUUGCCAAGAAGAUUGGGUUUGGGAAAAAGACAUGGACUUUCUGCGGGACCCCGGAGUACGUGGCACCUGAGAUCAUCCUGAACAAGGGGCAUGACAUCUCCGCUGACUACUGGUCAUUGGGAAUCCUCAUGUACGAACUCCUGACUGGAAGCCCACCAUUCUCAGGGCCAGAUCCAAUGAAGACAUACAAUAUAAUUCUGAGAGGAAUCGACAUGAUUGAAUUUCCAAAGAAGAUUACCAAAAAUGCUGCCAAUUUGAUUAAGAAACUAUGCAGGGACAAUCCUUCGGAAAGACUUGGAAACUUGAAAAAUGGAGUCAAAGAUAUCCAAAAGCACAAAUGGUUUGAAGGCUUUAACUGGGAAGGGUUGAGGAAAGGAACCCUGACUCCUCCAAUCAUCCCUGAAGUCUCGUCUUCAACUGACACAAGCAACUUUGACAGUUUCCCAGAGGACAACGAUGACCCUCCUCCAGAUGACAUGUCUGGCUGGGAUACAGAUUUUUAACACCACCCUCCAUGUUGUAGUAGCCUCUCCAGUAGCGCCCUAGUCUUGCCUCAUAAUUGACUUUUCUGGGGAUGCCUUUCAAGGGUUUGGCAGCAGAGAACAGAGAGACAGACAGGUGAUGAUGCUGUGAAUGGACAGUGACAGUGAAUGGGGCAGUCGUACCGCUUUGGGUCACCAAGAUGCCUUCACCAAUGUUGCUCCACUCUCCUCCGAGGUGGCAUUGGGACUAAUGUUUUAGAACAACAAAAGUCUCUCACCAUCAUCGUCAACCAUGCCACCCCCACUGGAUCCCCUCAUGGAGAGGUUUUUGAUUUAUUCUUGUCACACAUUUGUAUAUUUAGGUUUAUGUAUUUGUUGUGGCUGUUAGCACUUACAAUACCAGUGUUUUCAGUGAUUACUUGUGAUACUGAGUGGGUUGGGACUGAGAGGGAGAGAUUCCUGCUCACUGUUGUAGCAUUUAUGGACCACAAUUCCAACGGGGGGGUUGACUCUUUUAAACACUUGUCAUCAAUAAUCAAAAUGUUAUUUUUUACAAGUUCCUUUGUAUCAUAUUAUACAUUUGGAUGUUACACAUGAUUACAACACAUAAAGAUGAUAUAUUGUCUAUUAUGCAUACUGUAUUCCAUUGGGAAAAAAACACACACACACGCCACUUUCAAUUACACACAUGUAAUUACACUAUUUAUAAGCGCAAAGUUGUUUGGUUGAUAAAAACUACUUGGGCCUUCCCUUCACCGUUCAAAUAUUUUCUAAAGCCCAACAGUGUUAAGAAAUUGCAAGGACAUAUUGGAAUUUUCUAUUUAUUAACAUUUAGUUAUUUAUUAAAGGUCACAUGCAGCCGUU